AACUCUAAUGACAUAACUUAUAAAUAAGUCAUGUUUGUGGAUAACUCAUUCUCUCUAAGAUUAGGAGUAUAUAUGUAUUUUUAAAUAGAAUAAUAACAUAGUUAAGUGAAAUGAAAAAAGAUGAAGAAAAAUAGAUAAAAGAGGAACAAAAUAUGAGAAAUGUAGAUUCGUAGAAGCACAUGAAGUAACGGUUGAAACUCCUCAAAAAAAAAAAAAGUUUGAGAAAUGAGAAAUAAAGAAAUGAAAAAUAAAUAAUGUAAGAAGAAUAAUAUUUAAUUAAAAAAUAAUUAAAAAUGUAAAAAUAAAAUAAAUUAAAAAUAAUAACUUCAAUCCCUACGUCAAAAGGAAACCCAUAUUUCAAAAUCUUGUAGCAGUAUGACUAAAAUUAAUAUAAUUUGAAUUUGUAAUUUACAAGGGAAGAAAGAAAAAGGAAACACCAAUCUGAAUCAUCUUACCAAGUUUAGUCCGGUCAAACAAUGGUUGAUUUACACUAUACCGGUAACUUUCCUAAUUUCCUUGCAAAACUAAACUUUUAAAAAAUAUAACCGUUCAUAAAAGAAGUUUCUUCUCAUUUACAAACACUGAAAUAAAAAAAAAAGUAUUAAGCAACUAAGAUCUUACAUUAGAUUUUCUUCUCUAGAAAUCAAAGAUUUCACAAUCUUUUUUUUGCAGAAAUAAUAAACAAAAAAGAUUGUUAAUAUCUUAUUAUGAUUUCCAGGCGUUGUUCUGCUUGCAAGCAAUUGAGAAGAAGAUGUCCUUCAGAUUGUAUAUUUUUGCCAUAUUUUCCUCCAAAUAAUCCUCAGAGAUUUUCUUUUGUUCACAGAAUCUAUGGUGCUAGUAAUGUCGGAAAGAUGUUACAGCAAGUCGAAGAGCAUCAACGAGCUGAUGUAGCGGAUUCCUUGUACUACGAAGCUUAUUGUCGGAUUAAGAGUCCAAUUUAUGGAUGUGUUGGAAUUAUCAGCAUUUUACAUCAAGAAAUCUACCAUUUAGAAUGUGAAUUAGCAAAAGUACAAGCUGAAAUUAGCCUUGUCAAAGCUGAUCAGGCACAAACAGAAUCACAAUUAGCACAAGGACAACAAGGGCAACAACGUGAAAUUUCACCAAGAAUAUCUGCAAACUCGUUGGAUGAGCAAAAUGGGGUUUAUUCAUCAUUAUUAUCAUCAUCUUUUGAUCUUUCUAGUACUCCUUGGUUUUACUAGAACUGCUUUAAAGACUUCUAUAGUUACCUUACCUUGACAAUUUCAUGUUUUUUGUUCGAUUAAUUUUAUUGUUGGAUCAGUAUUUUCACACAGUAACUAAUUGGUACAAGAAUAAACCAAAGAAAAGCUUCAGUAUAUCAAAAUCAAUUUGAGGUUUUCUAAAUGACCAUGUCAUGCUCUUUUAUUUGAGUAAUUCUAUUGUUGAGUCGGUAUUUUUAUACAAUAUUAAAUGUUUUUGAGAUUCUCCGAAAAAAAAACCCUUCAAUUCAUAAAAAAAAAAAAAAACCUUCAAUUCAUAAAUUAAAAA